AGACUGAAAAACAUUUACAUAAAGAAGAAAAUCGAUAUGACURCCUUAGGGAUGGACCCUGUGGAUGAAAGUCUUGAGGAAGAAAGUGCGGAAGAAGACAACCAAGGACAUGACAAACUGAAAAGUUUCUUCAUGGUCUGGGAAAGCAACUGUCGCAAUUUCAUCGACGAACAAUUGCAGUUCUCCUGCAAAGAAGCGAUGGAGUCUGUAAAAGUCCAUGUAUUUAUGCGUAAAGAUACGCCUUCAAAUGCACUGCCACCACAAUGGGUCAAGCAUCACAUCACGUGUACAACAUGCCCAUAUGCAUCAGACACUGCAAUCUGUGCAUGGCUUGUACAACAAAUCAAUAAUCUGUCAAGCCAGAAAGAACUUGUCAUCUAUCUUGUUUGUGAUCGAGAUCGAAAGUACGAAGAAUUAAUAGRUAUUCUUCGAAACAACAACCCGCAGCUUCCAAUCCAAGAAAUCAAUGGUACUGAGAAAACYAUUUUGGAAGUUUUAGAAAAUGUUUGUCUUUGGUGUAAGAUUGUGUUCUUGAAUCCAAGUGAAAAAGAAAAUCAUUUCAACUCYCAACAUAACUAUUUUUGUAGCAAUUCAGAGUGCAAUACGAAACGGUUUGCUAGYGAAAAAGAACUUCGUACACACUUGCAGAAUCAGACACGYUGUAAUCUAUGCAGCGAUGAAAUCGUCUUUUGUACUGAGGGACAGCUGCUCUUUCAUCUUCAACAAUCUCAUGAAUACAAUUAUACAAAGAACAUCAGUGAUGACAUGGUUUGUCAGUUUUGCCCUCAAAAGAACUUUUCCUGCAUCGAACAAAAAGAAAUUCACAUGAAAAACAGUCACAAAAAGUGCAACUGUUCRUGUGGUCAGUAUUUCAGAAGCCGUGAUGAGUACCUAGAGCACUUCUAUGCUAUCUAYCCUUUGGCGUGCUUUGAAAACAGGAAAUGUCCACAACGAUUUCAGAGCAUAGAGUAUCAGGCUAWUCAUCACAAACAAGAUCACUUUGCCCUUCAGCCAUUUUACUGUGUUCCUUGCUAUCAAAAAGAUUCKACUGCAAAAAUCUGCUUCAAAGAUGAGAACAGUUUGCGAAUUCAUGGAGCUUCACUAGGGCAUGAUCACUCUGAGAUGUACUUACCAGAACAACRACAAAACUAUACCACGACYAAACUAUCACAGAGAAGAGUGCCUUCUAGGACAUGUUCAGCCAUAAAUUAUUGUUAAACACAAUAGAAUACCCUUUUCAUACCACUAUUUCUAGAUAACAUCAUUAAUUUAGGCAUCMAAAAACUCAAGACAUUUAUACUUAGCAAAGCACUCAUACACUCAAUACAGUAGAUUAGCCUACUUGGACACCAGUCUAUACUGUAUACUGGACAACCAUCAUAAAACAUGGCAUCUACCUAGAAAGUACCCAUUAAGUGUUUCAUUUAGCAUACACCUAAUGUGUACCGCCAGCAUACAGACCUACUUAAACACAUGAUAUACAUCCAACCUGACCACCAACUCUUAACAAACAACUUACAUGAAACUACUUGUCAGGAAACAUGCAUGUUGCUACCAACAUAACCCUUACACAAGCCAAACUUGUGUUUAGCCCUGACCACACUACCAGAACCAAACAGCAUCUAGACAUGUUUUGACCUGGAAGUAACCUUGUUACCCUACUCGUGGUAGACAUACUUUUACACUGUCUAGUCUGCUUUUAAUUUUUUAACAUAAAGAGGCUGAGAUUAUAUGCCAGUAGGUACAUGAGCAUGGGUAACAACAUAUAAUAUAUCAUACAAACAGCAAUAUGCAGAAAUUAUGAUUGUUUUGGCUCAUAUUCCAAGUGUAUAUAAAAUAUAUUAAAMAUUAUGGGAUAUCAUCACUGGAAAAUAUCUUAAUUGUCAAUGAUAUCCCAUCAUUUCUGAUAUAUUUUAUAUAUGGUUGAAAUAUGAGUCAAAAAGACCAUAAUUUCUGCAUUUUGCUGUAUAUAAAUAUAAUAUAUAAUAGUAACAUUCUAAAAACUCGGUACUAAAAACAUUGUGAAGCAAUAACUGCAAAAUUUCAAUAUUCUAGUUCAUCAAUUAUCAAUAAAACAACAAAUAUGGGAAAAAAUAACGAACAAUAAUCUCUAUACACCCUUUUAAUAAGUCCCGAGGUAUUACG